ACCAGGCGUGGGAGUCCCGAAAAACAUUUUCGAAAUUUCCACACAGAAAAUCUUCCAGUCACUCCGCGGCUACUCCCGUGUUCGCUUCGGUUCGUUAGUUCAGUUACGAGUGCGCACCCACUCUUCUAGUAAUUCAGUAAUUGUGUGUUAGAAAGAGACAAAUAUGAGCACCCAAGCCUCCACUGAACCAAAAACAUGCGCACAAUGCAAAGAAAAGAUCCAAGGAUCGAUCUUGACCGCCCUGGGAAAGUCCUGGCACCCAGACCAUUUCGCCUGCGAGGCCUGUAAGGAACCGAUAACCGAAACCAAGUUCCGCACCCACGAGGACAAGCCUUACUGCACCGGCUGCCAUAUUAAGCAUUUCGCCAAUACGUGCCAUGCUUGCGACGAGCCCAUUUUGGACAAAUGUGUUCAGGCCAUGGGAGUGAACUGGCACGAGGAUCAUUUCCUGUGCGGCGGGUGCAAGUGUAAACUGAUCGGCACCCAGUUCAUGGACGUGAAGGGAGCCCCCUUCUGCCAGAAGUGUUACCUGUCCAAACACGCCGACAGGUGCAAGGGCUGCUCCAAACCGAUCGCCGAUAAGGCCGUUGUCGCUUUGGAUGCCAAAUGGCAUCAGAUGUGCUUCAGGUGCUCGAAAUGCGAGAAGCCGAUCAUGAAGGACCAGUCCUACAAGAUCGACCAGGGCACCGGCAAACCCCACUGCGUCAAAUGUUAAUCGAUGAUUCGACCAAUAUGACGCCCGUCUCGCUUUAUCAUAUACGAAAUCUUACUUAGUUAGAGCGUUUAACUAAUUUAUUAUCUCUUUUUGUUGUGUGCGUCCAUUACGUUUUAAGGUACGGCUAUGUAUAAGUAAAAACCACUGCUUUAAGCUAGCUAGCUUACGCCCCUUAUUUUGUUAAUAAAAAUUAUUUAAUUUAGGGA